AUGUUCAGGGCGCGGUACCACUCCGUGCUGGCACACACGGAGGGAGACUGGCGGCCCCUCAAGGGUAUCCACCUGGCCCUAGAUGGGGGUGCAUGCCCUUUGCCAGGCCCCCGCAGGGCCGCGAAGGACAAGGACGCGUCAGACCUGUCCGCAGAUGCCGCCAGUCUGGCGGCGGGGACGGAUGCCUGGCACGGCGGGCCGAGGAUGGGGGACAGCAGCCUGCGAGGACCUGCCCGCGCCCCCAGGCCGCAACUGCUGUUCCAGUACAAGCCGUACGCACAACAGGAUUCCCUGGACGUGGGCGCCCCCGCAGUGGCGGCGGUGGUGGAGGCGGUCUUCGGCGCCGGGCUUGCAGGGUCAGCGGCAGGGGCAUUUGAGACGCUGCCCAGCGAGUCCCUGUGGGACUCCGCGGACGGGGCGGCCGCCUUUGGCGUGUCUGCCGGCGCCAGCACGGGCGAGGUCUCGGCCAUCAUCCUGCUCAAGCUGGUGAUGGACAACUACCUGAAGGCGGGCGGGCGCGGCGCGUACGCGCCCACCCUCCUGCUGCUCCAGCGCGCGCUUUCUUCGGGGCGGCCUGCUGCGCAGGCCCGCGUCUUUGACCUCCUCUACAACCUCUCCCUGCACGGCGAGCUACUCUAUCUCUCCCCAGCCGCGGAGGUGCCCGAGACGGCGGCCGCCAUCCGCCAGAGCGUGUCCGAGGCGGACGGGGAGUGCGGGGACCUGGACUGGCGCCGCACCGUCACCCGCGCCUUCCGCUCGACCCUGGCCGCGUCGGCGACGCCCACGGGCCCGGCGGCGGCGCGGGAGGCACCCUUCACGGGCCCCCACGCCCGGCAGCGCCGCAGCGGCCACGCCGGCGCCGGCGUGGAGGGCCUGGAGCGGAACAGCAGCGGCAAGCUGGAGGCGGACUGGCCCGGCGGCGACGCACGCACCGACACCUUCCACCACUGGCUGCGCCUGCUCCUCUUCCGCCUGCUGACGCGGCUGGCCUCCCUGGAGGGCGCGCCGGACGCGGUGUGGACCUCCGCGCUGUGCACGCUGGCCCACCUGACCACGCACCGCGGCCGCACCGUGCGUGCCUACGUGGAGGACCUGCCACUGUGCGCGCUCGGCGCGCUGCUGGACCACGCGCGGGAUGGGGCCUGGGCGCCCGCCAUCCGCGACUGGCUGCUCACGCUGGCCUGCAACCUGCUCUACGUCCGGGGCGAGGGCGGGCGGGGCGCGGGGUCGCGCUCCCUGAAGUCGCCGUCGGCGACGGAGUCCCUGCGCAGCUCCACCAACCUGCGGCGCAGCGCUGCGGCAGCCGGGAGUGAGACCUGGUGGGCCAACGCGCAUCUGGAUCUGCUGCGAUGCUACCGGGAGGCGCCGACGUCCAGAGCUCGCAGCAAUGUCUUCUGCGUCAUGUAUGACUACAUCACCUCCUCGCAGGGCCCCAACGAGUACGACAGCUGGUCCCCCGCCCUGGCCCAGGGGGCGCACUCCUCCGAGGUGGUGGCGCUGGGCGCGGCCCUGCUGCACCUGCGCGCCGCCGACGCGCUGCACCCCAUGUUCCUGGCGGGCACGCCGGGGUAUGUCCCCGGCGUGGCCGACGAGCUGACCACUCAGAUGGCGGCGGUGCAGGUGAUGCUGGUGAUGCUGGUGGCUUUGAUGGCCAAGAACCCCGGGAGGGUGAUUGCUGUGCCGCCCGCCUUUGUGAGCGAGGUGCUGGACUGCCUGGAGGACAUCGCGUGCAAUGCCAUCCGGGUGCCGCGCUCGCUGGAGGAGAGCGUGAAGUACAGCCUGGAGGUGGUGGCCGGCCCCGACGUGGACACAGCAGGUCGUGGAGACGAGGCGCUGGUCUGGGACACGCUGGUCGACUGCCUGAGGGACCAGAGCGAGCUGGGCGCGCACAUCGGCCGCGGCUGGCUGCUCAAGCUGCUGUUGGCCAGCGCCGAGCAGGAGCUGCAGCGGUGCCCCGCCAACGCCCUGCCGGCGCUGCUGCCGGAGGUGGGCCCCCACGGCUGCCAGCUGGCGCCAGGUCAGCGCGGCAUCGCCUCCCAGGAUCGCCUGCGCGACCUGCUGGAAAGGGCGCUGGCCACCACGGGCGACUCCCGCGCCGCCGACGCGUUCAUGGACGCCGUCCAGGGCAUGCUGGCACACAUCCGGCUCAAGUCGCUGCGCCGCUCGUGGGAGGCUGACCCGGUGGCGGUGAACGCGCCAGCGGUCCUGCUGUCCACCCUGUGCCUGGCGGUAGAGUGGCUGCUGCAGGCCCCGCAGGAGGCGCGCCAGGGGGCCAUGCUCCAGGCCACCCAGCUCCUGCUUUCCUUCAUCGUGGCGGAGCGCCCGCUGAACGACGCACGCGCGGCGGUCCUGCUCCUGCUCAUGGGCCGUUGCAUCGCGGUGCCUGAGGACAUGGCGGCGGUGGGCGGGCCCGCCUUCUUCGCGGGCCUGCUGCAGGAGGGCGAUCCGCGCAUCCGGCGCUCCGCCUCCAUCUUCGUGCUGCGGCACCUCAUGGCCACGCGGCGAGGGGAGUACCAGCGCGCCCUGAGGCAGGUGCUGGCCCGCGCACAGCAGGCCAACGAGGAAAGCAUGGUCACCGACCCCUACCAGCAGAUGAAGGCCAUCCUGGACAUGCAGCUGGUUGACCUGAGCCUCUGA